AUGCCAUCAAGAGGAUGCUCAAUGAAGAAACUUAUUGAAUCCAGAUGGUGGGAGGGACCUCAUUGGCUGGCAUUGUCGGAAGAAGAAUGGCCUCAUUCUGCGCCAAUCGAUGACAAAUUGGAGGCUAACAAAGAAAAACAAGACAUAAAGAAGCUGAAGUCACUUAGUGUGUUCAAAGAUGAGAAAGACAUUUUACGUGUUAAGACCAGAUUAACUGAAAGAAAGGACCAUCACAAUUUUAUUUUCCCUAUUUUGCUUCCGAAGAAGCAUGCAGUUGUGGAGAAGUUGAUACUUCAUAAACAUCUAUCUUUGUCUCAUGCUGGGAUACAUAUAUUAAUCGCCAAACUUCGAGAAAACUUUUGGAUUAUCAAAAGCAGAUCAACUAUCCGAGGAGCUUUAUCUCGAUGUGUUAGAUGCAGAAGGCAUGAAGCUAAAGGACUGCAGACAGUGCCAACUACUCUGCCCGAAAAUAGAGUUAGAGAUGCUAAGAUUUUCGAAAUUGUGGGAGUAGAUUUAGCCGGCCCACUAGUUUUGAAGAACAAGAGUAACGCCUGGAUCAUACUUUUCACCUGUGCUGUUUUCAGAGCGGUUCAUUUGGAACUGAUUUUGACCCUCUCUACUCAGGGAAUUUUACUUGGAUUUAGAAGAUUUAUUGCGCGUAGAGGGCGGCCAUCGAUAAUUUACAGCGACAAUGGUAGUAAUUUUGUCGGAUCCAACAAUCUCUUUGAGUCAAUUGAUUGGAAUAUUGUUGGAAGGGAAGCUGCCAUACUUAAGAUAGACUGGAAGUUUAGUCCACCAGCAACACCAUGGUGGGGCGGUUUUUGGGAACGACUUGUGCAAAUGAUUAAGAAACUUUUACGUCGUACCUUGGGCCAAGCGUCUUUAAACUACGAAGAGUUAAUGAGUGUAUUGUGCGACUGCGAAUCAACUGUGAAUUCCAGACCCCUUACAUGUGUGACAGAGGACUCGGACGAUCUCAUUCCUUUGACACCGUCCUUGUUUUUAGGCGAAAUUCCAGAGUUUGGUGUACCUGAUUUGGAUCACCUAGAUCAAAUUGAUUUCAACAAGAGACUUAGACAUCUUCAAAGUGUGCGAGAACUUCUGAGAAGAAGAUUUAGGUUGGAAUAUCUCAGCUUAUUGGUUCAACGUCCAUUAACAAUGUUAAUUUCUAGACAGAUAAAAAUUGGGGAUAUAGUUCUCGUCGAGUGUGACAACAAGCGCAAAGUGCUAUGGCCUCUAGCCAAAGUGACUGAGAUAUAUCCAGGAAAAGACGAGGAUUCUUUGAGGUGGAGAGCUGUUGGCAGGCUUGAAGUCGGCCAAUCUCAAGCUGAGGUGGCUCGAUAA